GGAGGCGGCACUGGCGGCAGGCACCGGCCUCCGGGCCGCCGAGGCAGGGAGACAAAAGGGAAACUGCCUCUGCUUGCGGUGCGGGUUUGGAACAACCAGCUCAUCCGCCUCUAGCUCGGCUCCGUGCGCCUCCUCCCCCCUACCCUAGGCUACUGCUCCGCCUCCCUCCAGGCGGGCUGUCCCCGCAGUGCUUCGUAUCCGGCGAGCCUUCAGGGCGCGCGUCGCUGCUGGUGGUUGGGGCUCUAGCGAUAAUAAAUGAUAGAGGAUACGAUGACUUUGCUGUCUCUGCUGGGUCGCAUCAUGCGCUACUUCUUGCUUAGACCUGAGACGCUUUUCCUGCUGUGCAUCAGCUUAGCGCUCUGGAGUUACUUCUUCCACACGGACGAAGUAAAGACCAUCGUCAAGUCCAGCCGGGACGCGGUGAAGAUGGUGAAGGGCAAGGUGGCUGAGAUUAUGCAGAACGAUCGACUUGGAGGGCUUGAUGUGCUGGAGGCCGAGUUUUCUAAGACCUGGGAGUUCAAGAGCCAUAACGUGGCGGUGUAUUCCAUCCAGGGCCGAAGAGACCACAUGGAGGACCGCUUCGAAGUUCUUACCGACCUGGCCAACAAAACGCACCCGUCCAUCUUUGGGAUCUUCGAUGGGCACGGCGGCGAGACUGCAGCUGAAUAUGUAAAAUCUCGGCUCCCAGAGGCCCUCAAACAACAUCUUCAGGACUACGAGAAAGACAAAGAAAACAGUGUAUUGUCUUACCAGACCAUCCUUGAACAGCAGAUUCUGUCAAUUGAUCGAGAAAUGUUAGAAAAAUUGACUGUAUCCUAUGAUGAAGCAGGCACAACAUGUUUGAUUGCUCUGCUGUCAGAUAAAGACCUCACUGUGGCCAAUGUGGGUGACUCACGAGGAGUCCUGUGUGACAAAGAUGGGAAUGCCAUUCCCUUGUCUCAUGAUCACAAGCCUUACCAACUGAAGGAAAGAAAAAGGAUAAAGAGAGCUGGUGGUUUCAUCAGUUUCAAUGGUUCCUGGAGGGUCCAGGGAAUCCUGGCCAUGUCUCGCUCCCUGGGGGAUUAUCCGCUGAAAAACCUCAAUGUGGUCAUUCCAGACCCAGACAUCCUCACCUUUGACCUGGACAAGCUCCAGCCUGAGUUCAUGAUCUUGGCAUCAGAUGGCCUAUGGGAUGCCUUCAGCAAUGAAGAAGCAGUCCGAUUCAUCAAGGAGCGCUUGGAUGAACCUCACUUUGGAGCCAAAAGCAUAGUAUUACAGUCAUUUUACAGAGGCUGCCCUGAUAAUAUUACUGUCAUGGUGGUAAAGUUCAGGAAUAGCAGCAAAGCAGAAGAGCAGUGAACCCUUCGGGGUCUCAGCUGCCUUAGACUAAAGGACUUUUGACACACUGGUUUCUUUUAAUGUAGUGAAAGGUGUGGGAAUUGUAAUUAGGAUCAUCCAUCCCAGACACUGAAUCCCCACCCCACCCCCUGCAGUGAUGAACAGAGGAUACCCCUGGCCAAUGUAGUUGAGUGGCUGAAAAAUGGUUUCUUUGUUUCCCCAACUCUUCUAUGUCCAAAAUAUAUAAAUAGGUAGCUGUAGAUCCACAUGUAUGAAGUGAACAGCAGAUGCACCAUGUAUUCUCCUUCUUAAGAUUCUUUUUAAGAUCCCUUUCAGGGUCCUCCAGGCAUCAGCCUUUAUGUCCCCUCUGAAACCCUGGGUGGGACAAGCCUCCCUUCCUGCAUAAGACAGGCCAUUGUGACCUAUAAGUCAGGGGCUGAUGUUCAGUCAAGGGGCAAAGUAGUCCUAGAAUGUGUGGUCCUCCUGAGUCCAUGUUUUCUCCUGAGCAGCAGCCUGGAAACAGAUUUGGAACUGUUUAUGAUUUGUGGGCUGCUCUUGGAGGCUAAGAAAAACUGUGAGGUUGGGCGAUCAGAGGCAGUGGCUGCACAGCAGAAAUAACCCUUUUCCCUUCCUCCUUUUAUUAGUUAAAUAGAUUUUGGGUACCACCUGAUGAACCUUUGUAUGUUUAUCCUAAUCAUGCAUGACCUUACCUUUUGCUUACACCUUCCUGUAUGUAAUGGGCAAUUAUUAAUUUCAUAACACACACCACAAUUUUUCAUCUUAGCUAAUCAAGAAAUCAUAUUAGGGGAAAUGAAAACCGCAAGUCACAAUGCCAUCAUUCCUUCCACCUUUAAGAACACAUAGAGGAAAACCAUACUGAAUGAGUCACAGUGCUCCUGGGAAAGCUGGCAGUUUGCACUGGAAGUGAAAGGAAUGAGCAGGUGAGAUUACCACCCUGAAGUGAACACCAGCUGCAAGUUUUUGUGCAGUUUUCCCCAAGCCCUAGCUUAAUAGCUUUUGAGCAUCUUUCAAGCAGUAUUUGGAGAAGCAACAGCCUAGAACUGCAUGUGUUCCUUGAAGCCAGAAACACGUUCCCAGACUUUGGAAUUAUGUGGUGAACUACUGGGGCAUGCUUUUUCUCGCCAAUGAAAAGGAUGAAGCUUUUCACAUUUGGUUGCAAACCUCUAUCCACAUUGGGUAGCCUUCCUCAGGCAAAGGCAAACGGCCCCACUUCGACUAAAGGGACUUGUGGGGGACUUGUGUGCAGUGGCAGCAAAGCUGGAUGAGAAUUCAAAGAAGAACCCACAUCGAUAAGUGGCCUAGAAUUAUUUGGAGGCCUGGCUUUGCUGUUCUGUUUCCUAUCAAUCACCAAAGUCAUAUUUUUUCCAGCCUCAGCAUUUUAUAAGUUAAUUUAUAGAAAAUGCUGGGUUAUCCUCUUUGCCUGAAGAAGGCAGCUCUAACAGCUAAACUUCUGUUGCAUCCCCACCCCCGGGUGCACCUGGUUUUAUUCUUUCUGAGUGGACAUUAGUCCUUACGAAUGCCUGUUCACUGGCCGCCUCCAACCCAUGGUGCCCUACCCUCUGUUCCCCUUCAGCUGCAGAGCUUUCCUGAAGCAGUUUCCAGGAAAGAACUCAGGAGAAUGAUUAACUUAUGCUGCGAAGAACUGCAGUUUGUCUUGAUACUUCCAAGAACUUACCUAUCUUUGACUGCAAUGAGAAUUAAUAAUGAUUUCCCAAGAUUUUGUAUUCUGUAUUUUCCAACAUUAAUGUUAGAAUCUUGAUUAUUGUUUUUUAGCCAUAGAAUGUUUUAGUACAAAAUAUCUGCUGCCAUUUUAGAUUUAAGCAGUUGUUCCUUGAAAGACACUGAACAUUUGGAUGUGUGUAUUUAGGGCAGAGGUGGGAACAGAAAUGUGGGAAACAAAUUAUUGUGAUCAGUGAUGGGCAUUCAGACCAGGUAGCUGAGUUUGCUUGAAUAUCUAGGAUGUUCUUAUCUGGAAUCACCCACCAUUUAACUGAAGGUCCAACAUUUUACAGUUCACAGUAUCUUUCCUUUUUAUAUUUUUGCUUAAUGUAAAAAUGCAUAACAAGGGAAGUACAUUGUAUUGUCCAAAAUGAAAAUAGUGAAGCUUUGGUGAAGAUGAAAAAGGUACCAAAUUAGUAAAUUCUGUACUUAUUUAUUUAAGCAAACUUUCUUAACAGAUACAGUGCUGAGUGUACAAGAUAUGUACAUGCCUUAUUUAAAAAAAAAAUUGAGGUUCACAAGGCAUCUUCUAAAUUUUGCUUUGUAGAAUUAGUUCAUUUCUGAUUUUAACCAAAUAGAGUGUAAAUCUGACACUCCUUUUCUGCCUCUUUCCCCCCUACUAUGGUUUGUAAUUUUUUAAAGGUAGAAGUAUGGACAAAAUAGCGGUUUGGUUAAUUGUUAUGUACAAAAUCAAAGUACUCUGUUCCCUUCCCCUGUCCUCCUGGAGCUCUCUCUCCCUGAUCCUUUUCCAGUUGUUAGGGGUCUGAGAACAGCACAUCUGGGCUGUCCUGUGGUGUACUGGCUGCCUCCCCCACUUCUCUAGAAGCUCAGGAAAGUUGGAUCUAGCCUAUAGGGAAAUUGAGAAGUUUGCAUGUAAAGCUUCCCUAAACAGCACUGCCAAAGCUUUGGAAUUGUCAUCUGAGACUGCCCCUACUCCCUAGUUAACCUGAGUUUGAAUUGCCAAUAGUCUCCACAGUGCCAAAUUUUGGGAUGGUUCUACAGUCUUUUGGAAAUGAAGCUGGGAAUGACCACAUGCUCCUGAGCAAGAGGGCAAUCCCAGAUCCUCAUUAAUGCACUGCUCUGCUGCUGCUUCUUUGGCAAUUUGUACUCAUUAAAUGGGUUAGAAAUGGGAGGAUGGGAAAUUUUUAAAAUUCAGUGUAUUUGCAAUUCUUUAAUCAUAGGAAUAAACUCUACUUAUGUAGAGAGCUCCAACACUAGUCCCCAAGACCUGAAUUUUUUUUUAAUGUGACCAACUUAUACGAGGCAAUUAACUCUGAGUCACUGUUCUGAUGCAACAUGACUAUAUGCAUAUAUACUCAUUACUGGCAACUAAUGGCUACAUUCUAAUCCUUGCUGUGGAUUGAAGAUAUUGGCCUAUUGUAUCUUGCAUAUGUGGAGUAUUACAUAGAGAGUGUUAUAUAGUAAAGGAGCAUAUGCAAACUGGAUAAUUUAAAACACCUUAUUGACUUUGACAUUUUGCACAAAUGGUAAAAGGGACUGCAUGACAGAAUCCUCUCUGAAGUGGAUCUAGGAAACUGAUUACAUUAUUGGAAUGAGUCACUGGAGUAUGUGGAAAUGCAUGAGGGAUUGACAAGAAGCAAAGAAGGGAUCACUUUUUCCUUUGCCAGGUAUACCUUGAUUUUCCUUUUUUUUUUCCUUUCCUCCAUGAAUUGUUGGCAGAUCUCUCAUGCAACUAUUUCAAUGUAAGGCUUACAUUGAAAAAGGAUGAAAUUUCAUUGUACAUUUUAAAGUAUAGGGAAAUAUGCUUUAUAUAAAUCUUUAUUUUCCAAUGAUUUCAGAAAUUAUUUUUCCCUUCUUUCAACACAUCAUAAAUUGAUCUUCCCUUUAUAGUCCCCCAGAAUUACCUUUGCAUGUUAUACCAGCAUUUCCAGCAGUUCUGGAAAAAUGUAAUGACUGUUAGCUACUAUGCUGGGGCCUGUUUAAUUGCAUCUGGACUAAAACAUUAUCUGAAUUUUUGAGAUUGUUAGCUGCACACUAAAAAAUAGUAGAAUUCGAUGUUCCCCAAAGUGUGUUCCAAAGAACCAAGUUCCAAAGAUGCUCUUCCAAAUAUGGGGCUUCAGGGUCAAAGCAGUUUGGGAAACAUGGUCUUAGAAAGUACAUAUAAGCUCAUUGAAGCCUCUAAUUUAAAUAUACUGCAGUGGAAUGGGAAACAUACCACAUGCAUAAUUUCUGUUAGCUCUGUGUUUCCCAGAUUAAUUUGACCGCAGAACCUUUUUAAAAUAAUACCUAGUAACAUUCAAGGAAUACACUUUGGGAAAUUCUGAUAUAUUGAAAUGUGUUUUCUCAUUCCAAUAACAUUCAAGGAAUACACUUUGGGAAAUUCUGAUAUAUUGAAAUAUGCUUUCUCAUUCACCAUUACUCUUUAUAGUAGCAGUACAGUUUGCAAUUUAGUAGCACUAAUCCUUUCAUGGAAGAGGCUGAUUAAAUAGAAACAGUUUAAAAAUAGUCUUAUUUAAUGUGACGACUAGCACCUCAUAUUGAUAGCAGAAGUCUAACAAGUUUUCCCUCAUGUGAAUAACAAGUAAGAGCUUUACCUUAGAUAGGAAGUUCUCAAGUUCAUUCCAAGAUCUUUCAGUGCUUUUUUGCAGUUAUAUUUGCUCUCCAGGUUGAAUAAAUAUUUUUAUGUUUCAUCACUAUAUGUGAUAGUUUAAAAUAUAGAGAAAAUAAUAGAACAAGAAAAAGUUCAUGUUUGAUUUUAACUCACUUUUGAAAUUUUAACUCAAUUUUAAAAAUUAACUACAUUGAAUAAUAAUGGAAGUGCAAACUUAACACCUGUUUACUCUUUCCUCUAUUCUCUCUAGAUUCAAUGAAAUAAUUUAAAAUCAACUGGAGCUCCUAGGUCCUAAAUUUCUGUUAUAUGUCAUCCUACCUUUUAUAUUUUAUAUAUAUAUAUAUAUAUAUAUAUAUAUAUAUAUAUAUAUUAAGUUUAGCAAGUUAUCUCUUGCCUAACAUGUAAGGUUUGAUCAUAGUUCCAUAAUAGUCACUUUCAGUUUGGGCAGUUUGUUUGGGAUGCCAUUACAGAUAACCCCCCAAUAAUGGAUGAAACGUGGUACAGAGUGAAUUUAGGGUAAAAUCAGUAAUUUAAAAUUACAUCCAAUAUUUAGGAAUCUGCCCACUCUUUGAACCUAUCCAAAAUCUAAAGGUAGGAUCCCUUACUUUUAGGUGGCAUAUUGCAAAGGGCAAGGGACAGUCAGUACCAUGAGGCUUCCGUUGUUUCUGAAUAUGUUUUCUAAUAUGUAAAUUUUUGCUGAUUCCUAGUAAUGUUAAUGCUCUGUCCAUUAUUCUUUUUAUAACUGUUAAGCUACAAACUAUUACACUGAAGGUUGAUUAUGAUAAUUUUUACAUGUUUAGUAAUAACCACACCAUCAUAUGUACAAUCACUUUAAUAAAUCCAACUUAAAGACUUUGAGGAGAACACGUAGUAACUGUUCAUUUUGAAAAAUCAUCAUAGGCAUUUUCACUAUCUAAAACUUCAAUGAAAACAAGCAUGAAGCAAAGGAAUAGGUUGUAUUUAAAGAUGCACAGAGCUUCAUUUAUUCAAGGAGUUUUAUAAUCUGGUAUUAUUUAACUAUAAAAUCCUGCCUGCCAUUUGCUAAUUUGUGUGUGUGUGUGUGUGUGUGUACUGGGAAUUGAACCCAGGGCCUUGCACUUGUUAGGUAAGUACUCUACCACUGAGCUAUACCCCUAGCCUUUUUUAUUUUUAUUUUUAAGACAUGGUCUCAGUAAAUUGCACAGACUGGUCUUGAACUUGUGUUCCUCCUACCACAGCCUCUCCAGAAGGUGGGAUUACAGGCAUCCACCACUGUGCCUAGCCACAUUAAUUCUAGAAACCUCCAAGACCAGCAUUCCUAGCUCUGAGCACAAGCAGAAUCUUAUAAAAGCCCUGGUGGCUGAUUGUGGGGUAGGAGUUAGGGGAUGAGGAGUAGCAGGAAAAUUGGCCUGGGUCACUUGCUACCUCUACAGGAGCAAGACUGAAUUAGCUACACAUUCUCUUGUCACCUUCUAGCAUGAGUCAAUCCAGAAAUUAAUGUGAUGAAUUACUUCAAAAUAUUUAUAUUUUAAUUAGAUAAAUCAAUAUUUUAAAUGUGUUCAUGCAGAAGCAAAGGUAGAAAUAAUGGUCAAGGAAUUGGGAGAGGAUGGCCUUUGGGAUAACCAGAUAUGAAAAAUAUAAAAGUAGGUAAUCAGAGAUGUAAAUUACCAGGCUUUUCCCAUAUAUAGGAUGUGUUCAGUAGUGAUUCCUGACAUCUGCACAUAGAUCAGUAGGAUACAAUUGUACUUUUUAAAACAUCAAUAUUCUAAAAAGGAAGACAGGUUUUUUUUUUUUCAAUAAUGUAAAGUGGUAAAAUUAUAGACCCUAUUCCAUUGUUUUCCCCAACAAAAACAGAUAUGGUGUCAUUUAUUGCUGUUGUAAACACCUUUACUGUCCUUUCCAAAUCUUGGACAUGCUUUUAUCCUGAAUCCUUAGAAUUUCUGCAUUUGUGAAAAGGAACUACUCCUUUUUAGAAUUUUAAAAGAUACUAAAUAGUUGGCCUUUUAUUUUAGAUUGUCUGAAUUAAACUGAAAUCAAAUAAACACAGUCAUGGUCACAACUGAGAGUGUUUUAACAUAGUGGUAAUUUUCCAAAUGCCAACACGAAUACUAGUGAGUACCACUUUAUAACAGACAAUUUCAUGAAAAUGAACCACAUGAUAAUUUAAUGUUCUUGCUUCGUAUAAUGAAAAGGGUCAUCUUGCUCAUAUAAUUUUUUUUACAAAAGUAACCCUGCAGAAAUGGUGCUUUAGACAUCUCUAACUCAAGAAAAUGGUAUCUCUUGAAUACAUUUUAAAUUCUCUUCCUCAGAGUGUAUGAAAGAAAAAAUGGUGACUGCUGAGUAUAAUUAUGGAAAGAUAAAUUUACUACAUGGAGAAAACCUAGAAUCUGCCUUGGGACAUUAACCAAGAAUAUUUUUCUUAUUUAGACUCCAAGGCUAUAACCAAAAAGGCUUUAUGUAUUUAUUAUCUUGAUUAUCCUUUUAUCUCAGGCAUAUAUUCAGAAAGAAUAAUAGAUGCAACAAUGGAAAAACCCAUAACUUUUUUUUCUAUUAUAAAAAGCAGUCUUUGCCCUUUUUCAUUUAUUUGAAAUUCAGUUUCACAUUGAAACAUUAACAUCUACCACAUUAUCUUUCAUUUUAGUCUUCAAUUACUAAAAUAAAUAAUUUUGAUUUAUAGCACUUACACAACUUCGAUUCAGAUCAUAAAGUUGAAAUCUAUUUAGUGACAUCUCAACAUUCCUUUGGGCAACCAGGAAAAAGAGAACAAAAAGAAAUUUUAAUAAGUUUGGAAGAAUGAUUGUUCUGACAAGCCUGGAAAAUGGUCAUUAAUCUGUUAAUUCCAGGAGACCCCAAAGUGAACUCUGUUCAUUUACAUAAUCUCUAUAAGCAAACUGUAUGAGGUUUUUGAAUACAUAUAAGCAUCACUGCAUUUAUAAAUAUAUCUACCUUAUGAACAGAUUUCACUGGGAAAGUCACUAUUUUUAACUACAAGAAAGUCUGCUUAUAUAUUUUAUUAUUUCCUUUGUUUUAUUUUUCUGAGCACAGACCUUGAGCCAGGCAAUGACUAAAUGAAUGUAUCCAGUGGUGACCACUCAGGUGCCACCAUUGCCUUCUUGUGGUUUACAGUCUAUUGGGGGCCCCUUACAGAUAUUAAAACACUUAGUAUUGGCUGAAUGGGGUGAAAAACAUAUUUCAUGAUUUUCUCCAAUGGGCUGAAAUUCAUAAAACUAGGACAGAACUAGAAUUUUUUUUCUGCAUGUAAUAAUAAAUGGUAAGAGAUUGGUAAAUAUCUUGCCCACAGCCAAGCACACUGCAUUAAUUAUUCUGUUACUAGAUCAUCUGCUUUCCCAAGGAUGGAGUUGGGAGUUGAGAGACAAUGGAGGCUUCGGGGACCAAGAAAGAGACUGUCCCAGUGUAGGGACAAUAAAACCUAUGAGUGGUAAUUUCUGAUAACCUUAUUUUACAUUUUUAAUGACUGGGUAUCCUAAAUGUCCCUCUCCCCAAUUCUUUCUCUAUUACUUCUGCUUUUGCUUCUGUGUGAAUACUUUUUUCCUUUCUUUUUCAUUUUAUUUUAUCUUAUUUAUUUAGUUUUUGGUACCAGGGAUUGCACUCAGGGGCACUUGACCACUGAGUCAUAUCCCCAGCCCUAUUUUGUGUUUUAUUUAGAGACAGGGUCUCACUGAGUUUCGUAGUGCCUAGAUUUUUUUGAGGCUGGCUUUGAACUUGAAAUCCUCCUAUCUCAGCCUCCCAAGCUGCUGGGAUUACAGGCAUGCAGCACCAGCUAUAUUAAUACAUUUUAAAUUAGGAAUUAUCCAAUUAAAAUAUAAAUGUUUUGAGAUAAUUAAUGAUAGCACAUUUAACUUUUUAACUGACUUAUGACAGAAGGUGAUGAGAGAAUGUGUGUCCCCAGAAGCCUUCACCCUAAUGGGACAGCAGCUAUGCAUGGGCUCCACGAGUCUAGUCAAACAGGCUGUCUAUUCCUCUGUAAAAGAACAGGAGAAAAUGGAACAUCUCUCCAUGGCCCAUUUUUUUUUUUAAUUUUUUUUUUAAAGAGAGAGGGAGAGAGAGAGAGAAUUUUUUUUUUUUUAAUAUUUAUUUUUUAGUUCUCGGCGGACACAACAUCUUUGUUUGUAUGUGGUGCUGAGGAUCGAACCCGGGCCGCACGCAUGCCAGGCGAGCGCGCUACCGCUUGAGCCACAUCCCCAGCCCCUCCAUGGCCCAUUUUUAUUUUUGUUCCCAAGAGUAUAAAGUGUAACACUCUCAUGCCUCAAAAGAGAACCCAGAACUGAAAUUAUUUAUCAUUACUAUUCCUGAGUAUAAGGAAUUAUACAGAAAAUUAACAUACUUCAGGAGUACAAACAGAAGACUAAAGCCAGACUUUUUUUAAUCAUAAAUUUGGUAUUCAUAGUUACCUUACACAUUCUAAGAACUGGGCAUGGAAUUUUAAUUUUGAAUUUUUGAGCAAAAAUAACAUCUAUUUUCUGUAUGGAGAAAAACUAAAAUUCUAAAUAUAAGACUUUUAUUUUAUAACCACGGAAGUUAUGACCUCUUUCUAAAUGCUUGGCCUGCUAGCCAUCUUCCCUAGACCAUGAGAAUUCUAUUGAAAUAGAAUGAUUUUUUCCUCUAUAGAUAGUGAAUGGUAAGAAAUGAGACUAUCUCAUUGUGAUCAGAAAUUGACUUUUUGCUGUUAUUUUGUUUUUAAUCAUGAGAACUUGUAAAAGAAAAUUCAAAUUAAUACAAACCAACUUCUGAUUUGAUAAAUUAAAAUCACAGGUGGAGCCGGAUGUGGUGGUGUGCACCUGUAAUCCCAGCGAAUCUGGAGGCUGAGACUGGAUGAUGUCAAGUUCAGGGCCAGCCUCAGCAACUCAACAAGGCCUAAGCAACUUCAUGACAACCUGCCUCCAAAAAAGGGUUAGGGGGGCUGCUGGGGAUGUGACUCAGUGACCUUGAGUUCAAUCCCCAAUACCAAGCAACAACAAAAAAACCUAUAGGUGGAGUCUAGUUAUUAAGAAAGGAAAGGGGGAAAAAAGGCAGGAUUGGGAGAGAAUGGAAAAAAAAAUACCAUAACUGAACUGUAUUUUUCAUGAAUGGUACCAUAGUUCAAAAGUUCUGAUUUCUUAUUCUGCUGAAUUUAAAUAUAGUAACUUUGUUUAAGCUUUUAUUUAUACUUAUUUCAUCAUUAAAUUUUUUUCCUUCAGCAUUUUCUUGCUACUUUAAAAAUCACAAGGGCCUGUUUGUUUAUAAAAAGGUACCAGGAUUCACAAUUUAUUAGCAAUGUUUUCUUUUAGGAAUCUUCAAAUUAUAUUUGAUAAAUAAAUCACAAGUCUAAAUCUCAGGUCAAAUGACUCUUACAUCAAUCAGGCUUUCUGGUAAGUUCCUUUUUAAAAACCAUUCAUAAUAAAUACAACAAAAUCUUGACAAAACUUCAUUACUCUUGGUCCUCUUCUUUUUUUAUUGGUAAUAUUUUACACUUGUCUCUUAGAGUCAUUUGAAACAAAGUUGCAAUGUCAGUUUGGUGGAGCAUUAUCUGCAGUUGAUCUCAGAGUGCAUGGCAUCCGUGGUCACUCAAAAUGCAUGGCACGUCAUUCAGGUCCCUUUGAUGUGUGCUGGGGUACAGUUAGCAUUGUAGAGACUAAUGUGUUCAUGCAAUCACUAAUUCUAUAUUGUUGUAUACAAAAUGAACAGCUAAAAUUUCACCCUUACAACAAAAAUAAAUUAAAGCAAAAAUAAACACAUUAAAGUUAUUAAGCUUUA